AAGAAAUACAAAGCUAUUAAUUAAUUAUAUUUUAUAUGAAAAAAUCACUCUGAUUUUUUUUUUGAAAGUCACUACCUAAAUAAAACUCUUCAAAGGGUUAAACUCAAUUGGCCAGGAACUUUGUUUCCUCUGCCUUCUUUCUCUCCUUCUUCUCUCUUAUUUUUAGCCAUCUUUGUUUCCUCUGUUUCUCUUAUUUCUUUUCCCUUUUUGUUUUUCUGUUUCUCUUUCUCUCCGCAUUGCUCUUUGCAUGGAAAAGUUUGGUCAAAAACUUUUGAUUCUUUGUCUCAUGAAUUAUAUUCUCUCAUAAUAAAAAAAAAUUCUUUUUUUUUUUCUUUCAAAUCCCUUGUGCUUCUUCAGUUCUCUGUCUCUCUCUCAUUGUUUCAAAGUUCCAGUUUUUACCUUCAAAUUCACAUAAAAGGAUAAAAAAGAUUUUUUUUUCAGCUUAAAUUAGGGUCCUUUCAUUAGGUUUUUGCAAGAAACUCUAUUGAAUUUCUGGCGUCUUAUGUUUUUCUUUAGGUCUUGUUUUGUCACCUGAAAAAUUGGUUUUCUUGUAUUUUGAUUACACUUCUAUAAAUUUGAUUCAUUUAUUCUGGUUGUUGAAUCAUCUUAUUUCUUUCAAUUCUUGGCUGAGUUUAGGGUUCUUGAUAGAGGGUAAUUUUUUUUUUUGUGGGAUUUGUUGGUGAUUGAAGAAUAAAAAAAAUGGCUUUGAAUUGGGAUGAUUUUGGGAAUUCUUGGAGUUGCAACUGGGAUGUAGAAAAAACCCAUUUAAGUGGAAGUGGCAACAGUGAAUCGAAAGGCUUUUCUGAGGCUGUUAAUGAUGAUAUUGUAGCUAGAUUGCCUGCAGAUCCAUUUGGGAUGGAAAUAAGGUCUACUUUUGCUGCAGCAAUAACAGGUUGGAUUGAGGGUUUUGAGAAUGAUUUUGGGUCAGAUUUCUGUGUGUUUGGUAAACAAGAUGGUGAUGAAAAGAAGAUUGCUGAUCAACAUUUGUUUAAGGGUCUAAAUUGGGUUUGGAAUGGUACCAUGAGUUUCCAACAGGAACAAGGUAACUCUAGUUUUUAUGGAUUUGGUUCCGAAGAUGUUGAUAAAAAGAUUGGUGAUCAAUCAUCUUUCUUUAAGGGUAUGAAUUGGGUUUGGAAUGGCACCAUGAGUUUUCAACAGGAAGAAGGUAACUUUGAAAUCAACGAAAUAUCAAUCCCAAAUGAUGAUUUUAAUGGAUUUGGGAUUGGUAAUGGACUUUCCAACGGAGAUUUUCUGUUCAAUGAUGAAGGUAGAGGAUUGGAGGAUUGCAAGGGAGUUUUUUGUGAUGAUAACGAAGGAACUGCUCCAAAUGAUGCUUUGUUUUUUGCUCUUGGUUAUCUUGGUGUUGAGGAUCUCCUUGCAGUCGAAAGGGUCUGUAGGUCUUUGCGGGAUGCGGUUAGAAGUGAUCCUCUUCUGUGGAGGAGCAUCUAUAUUGAACAUUCAUUGAGUAAAAGGAUUACCGAUGAUGCUCUUUUGAAAUUAACUAGCAGGGCUCAAGGCACUCUUGAAUGCUUGAGUCUGGUGGGAUGCGUAAAGAUCACUGAUGAUGGCUUGAAGCUUGCGCUUGAAAGCAAUCCCAGGCUUAAUAAGCUAAGUGUGCCAGAAUGUACAAGACUCAGUGUUGAGGGCAUUUUGUCCAAUUUAAGAGCCUUCAGGUCUGCUGGGUUCCCGGGAAUAAAGUACUUAAGAAUAGGCGGACGCUUUGGUGUAACAGAGGAGCAAUUCAAAGAGUUGAAGUUCUUGCUUGGUGCAGAUAAACCAAUGCAAUUGGGAGCACAAAAACCACAAUUUUUUCGUCAGGGGCAGUUGCAUCUCAUGUGUGAUGAUGAUAGGGCCAUUGACAUUGAGGUUUGCCCCAGAUGUCAAAAACUGAAACUAGUUUAUGAUUGCCCAUCAGAGACUUGCAGAAGAACACAUCAUGCUGCUCAGUUGUGCAGGGCUUGCAUUCUCUGCAUUGCACGCUGUAUUUGUUGUGGGUGCUGUUUUAAGGAUUGUGAUUAUGAGGAAACAUUUACUCUAGAUUUGCUUUGUUUUAAUUGUUGGAAGCAAAUCCUUAAUCGUGAAGAAAAGCCAGAAGUAAUGGGUGCCUCCUCUUCUAAGCACACCGUCUUUCAUCAAGAGACAAGGUAUCAGUUCUGUUUUUAUGGCUAGCUUAGAAGACAUUCUAUUCCCUUUGGCUGCAGACUGUGGACAAGACAUCUGCACAACCUAGCAGGUGGCUGUUGAAUACGUGCAUAGAUGCCCUAGUAAUGAAGUUUGACAUGAUCCAUGCACCUUAUGCAGCUUCAAAUUGCUACCUUAACUUUGUUGGUUCAUGCAGUGAAGAAUUGAGGUCACUUCUUUUGAUCUUGUGAAAAAUCGAGGUUGGUUGGCAGGAACAAGAAUGAGAUGCUGAAGACAGAUAAGCUGGUGAAAAAAAGAACAUAAAAUGGAAAAAGAAAGAGAAGGUAAAACAAAAAAAAAAAGAAAAGAAAAGAAAAGAAUUACUGGGCAUGAAUAAACAUUUCUUAAGGCGGGCUGUUUUUUUGGUGGGAGGACAUGAAGCAAGUGUUCAGAAUGCUUUCUGUCUGUGUCAUUGCAUUGUUCUUCAUCCAAUCCUUGUGAAUGAGGCGAAGCAAUAUUGGCAAGCAGAACAAAGAAAAAUGGUCUGGAAUCUGGAUGGUGUCUGCUCUCCAGUAGCCAGGGAAACAAUGCUACAUGUUCAUCGUAACCCAAGACGCAUCAGGAGUAAAUCCGUUAUUUUCAUAGGAUCUUGUUGCAAAGAUUGGAAGAUAACUGUAAUCUGAUCUGAUCAACGGGAGCUCUUAUUCUCCAGUCAUUGUUCUUCUUUCCCUUUGCAUCGAACACCAACAUGUCCACCGAUGGAUUGUUUUUGAUGUCAAAACAACAAUAACCUAUGAAAGUUCACCUUAUUCCCUUAUGUAAUGAAUGAAUAGUAGGAGACUUUGCAGUGUCCUUUCUUGUCUUUGGUUUCUGACCUGUAGAUUAUAUUUUCUUGGACAAAACAAUGCUUUAAUCUUUGUUCUUCAUGACAGAAAUCAUUUGCUACUCUUAAUUAGCCAUUAACUGCAUCUAAUCUUCG